GCUUCCGGCCCCGCUCCUGGCGCGGGCGGCGUCCUACCGAGCCCGGGCGCUGCGCGAGGAGUCGUGCGUCGAUCUCCCGGCCCCGGCCGGGCGCCUGUGCGGGCAUCGGGGAAGCGCGAGGUCGGCGCGGGGGACCCUGGAGGCGGGUCGGAGGCUGGCGGGGGACUCCGCCUGCUGCCGGAGCUGGAAGGAAAGCAGGCACCCGCCUGGGCUAGAUCCAGUGCCAUUAAGCCCUGCGAACUCACACUUUAAAAACAAUGAAGAAAUUAAAGCUUAAGGAACUAGAAAGUCGCCUGCAACAAGUGGAUGGAUUCGAAAAGCCCAAGCUGCUUCUAGAACAGUAUCCAACCAGGCCGCACAUUGCAGCAUGUAUGCUCUAUACAAUCCAUAAUACAUAUGAUGACAUUGAAAAUAAAGUGGUUGCAGAUCUAGGAUGUGGUUGUGGAGUUCUUAGCAUCGGAACUGCAAUGUUAGGAGCAGGAUUGUGUGUUGGAUUUGACAUAGAUGAAGAUGCAUUGGAAGUAUUUAAUAGGAAUGUGGAAGAGUUUGAGUUAACAAAUGUUGACAUGGUUCAAUGUGAUGUGCGCUCAUUAUCUAACAGAAUGUCAAAGUCAUUUGAUACAGUAAUUAUGAAUCCUCCCUUUGGGACCAAAAAUAAUAAAGGGACAGAUAUGGCAUUUCUGAAGACUGCUUUGGAAAUGGCAAGAACAGCAGUAUACUCUUUACACAAAUCCUCUACUAGAGAUCAUAUUCAAAAGAAAGCUACAGAAUGGAAAAUCAAGAUAGAUAUUAUUGCAGGUGCUAAGAUGCCAUAGAACGUGUUUUCAGCCUGGCAAAAUGUGAAAGAGCUACGAUACGACCUGCCAGCAUCAUACAAAUUUCAUAAAAAGAAAUCCGUAAGUCUCUGGAUUCUGGCUUAUCUGCAUUCAGUACUGAAGAACUUUUCAAUAAGUAACUAUUUACAAUGUUAUCAACUUGCCUGAGUAAAUACAGAAAGCUAGCCAAGGAGACAGAAUAAUUAUCGAUGUGAUAACAGCCAAUAUCCUGGUUCAAGAUAUUCUUUCUCAAAUGCUUUAGGCACAAAAAUAAAAAACUAAGUUUUUGCUCUUUUUAUAUAGUACAUAUUUUAUUAGUUUGUACUAAUACAUUUUCAUAUUACAAAGGCAAUUUAAUGGAAGAAUCUUUCUUUUGAUAUUUGAAAUAACACAAACAGAACUAUACAUUAAAAAAAAUGUCUUCAUUUGGAUAACAAAAAAAGACAAGUUAAACAACAACAAAAAUUUUCCUUUCUUACAGGUUGAUAUUGAAGUGGACCUAAUUCGGUUUUCUUUUUAAAAGCCUCUAAAGACAAAAGCAGCUUAAAACCUAAUUAAGAUGAAUAAAAAAUUUUUUUACUAAA